AUGUCUGAGGAUUAUCGUCGCAACAAUCCAUCAGAUGCUAUUGUUGAGCAGAUGGUCCUAAUUGAUAUUAGAAACAUGCUACAAUCAAUGGGGAAGGAUAUAAAAUCAUUCCCUCUUCCUGAGAUUGAUAACACUUAUGAUGACGCUUGUGGUGUUCCACGAGAGAUAUUUGAGGAAUCAAAUAUAGAGAGCACCGAGGAUGAUGUGGACUUAUCUGAGUCACUUAACAAUGAGCAGAGGGCUGCUUACGAUGAGAUCUUGUUAUCUAUUGAUUCCAAUGACGGCGGGUUGUUUUUUGUGGAUGGCCCUAGUGGCACCAGAAAAACAUUCUUGUAUAGGGCUUUGCUUGCCAAAGUCCACAGUCAGAACAAGAUCGCUGUUGCGACUGCUACGUCUGGGGUUACUGCAUCCAUAAUGCAUUAA